UUUAAUGGCAGGAAUGUGCCCAGCAUUGUCUUGUAUGGUGGCUAUUUUCAAUCCAUAAUCUCAAAACUAGAGCACUAAAGUGCUAACCCUCGGCCGGCUGUUGACAUGAUCUCAAGUGUAUAGCAACCCAAAGAGUGUUGCUGGCUAUAAAGCAGCAAGUAACGUAACAGGCUGAGAUUGAAGUUUUAGUAUAAUUAUAGUACAUGCAUUAUUUGCCUGUUUAUGACAUCUGAGUUUUACCUCCAUUCUGUAUUCUAUGGACUUAGCAAAGAAGCAUGGAGUCUUAGAAAUAAUUUAUGGCUCUUGGGGUAUGCUGGUAGGAAAAGAAAUAACAAUCAUAAUUCUAGCUUUCUGCUUUAGUGACCCUGUUCUAUUGUUCCUGAUACAGGAUCGCUUCAACUGUAAUACGUAUAGGCUACCUCGAAUAAAGGCCGCGUGUAGUUAGUUAGCUGCUAACGUGCAAGUUAGCUUUUGCUCGCUUUUAUUCGACAACGAAGCUUUAACAUCGAAAUCUACCACUAAUAACGUGUUGUGUGAAGGCUAUCCAUUCUGUAAACGCAGUGCUGUAGCAUCCAGUUUGUGCACACACUGACAGAGCUGUCUAUGAGCUGAUGAGUGAGAGGCUACGUGUUCAGAAAGGGGCAAAUGAAGAUUGCCGUCUUCAAACUCUAUCAGCCGUCAGGAGAAGGAGCUGGUGUGGCGGGUGCCCAGCUGUUGUCAGAGCACUACCUGGUGGAGUUGUCAGCUGUGACCACAUCAGGGCACGACAACGUUGGCAUGGAGAUGAGGGCUUUCGCUGAGCAACUCAAACCGUAUCCUAUGGAGCAAUUGUGAAUUGUAUUAUGAUUAUACAGCUAGUGUACGUAUGGUGAAUUAUGGGAGGUGCAUAUAAUAUCAUAGCUAGCUUGUGUUAAUUGGCUUGUGAAACAAACAUUGUUUAUAGCCAAGCUUGUAGGUAAACAUCAGUUGCCUAAAGUAUGUUUGUGUGCUCUGACAGUAGAUGAUGCUGUUUGCCUGGCUUUUAGUUGUACUUAGCAAUGUAAAUUAGUCCAUUAGUAGUUGCCUGGCAAUAUGGUGCCAACCAUACAGCUAGUGGAUUCUGAAGCUGAAACUAUGUGGUUGAUUUAAACUAAUAGCUAUAACACACGAAUCAGACUCUCGGCAGCUAAAACAGCUUUGGCAGGUAACACGCAGUUGAACUUUGACCUAAGAAAUGGCUGAUGUGGAUCUGUGUAUUGAGGACUUCAACAGGAUUGCUAUCGUGUGCCUCUGUUAGGCAACUUUAAGCCUCAUGGAAAGUACCACAUGGCAGACCUGCACACUGCUGGAGGCCUCCCUAUACUCAUGAAGGAGCUACUAGACGCAGGGCUCUUACAUGGUGACUGUCUCACAGUGACCGGAAAGACUGUGGCAGAGAAUUUAGCAUCUGUCUCCAAAGCAUCUGAUCUGACACAGGACGUUGUGUACCCAUUCUCUAAACCCCUCUCCCCUCCCGGGCACCACAUUACCAUUAUCAAGGAGCCAUAUACUUCUCUGCAUGAGACUCCAGGCUUCUUUGCUGUGAUCCUAGUCCACAGUGCAUAUAAAACUCUGUUCUCGAAUGUUUCAGCAUGCCUCCAGUCUGGUUUAGCUCCUGAGUUGCUAUACCCCAUCUCUAAACCCCUCUCCCCUCCCGGGCACCACAUUACCAUAAUCAAGGGUAGCCUGGCAACAGACAGUGCCAUGCUGAAAUUGUGUGGGAAAGUGUUUGACAAGCCGUUCAAAGGCCCAGCGAUUGUGUUCGAUGGGGAGGGGCCAGCCUAUGAUGCCAUUAUGGGUGGCCAGGUUAAACCAGGACAGGUGCUCGUGAUACGAUAUGAAGGACCCAAAGGAAGCCCUGGCAUGUCUGAGAUGUUAAGUCCAGGCUCUGCACUGGUUGGUGCCGGCCUGGGGAAGACUGUUCCCUUGGUAACUGAUGGACGCUUCAGCGGAGCAUCUCACGGGAUCAUGAUUGGUCAUGUGACACCCGAGGCAUUCGUGGGCGGGCCUAUAGCACUGGUAGAGAACGGAGAUAUGAUAAGCAUUGAUGCUGUCAACAGGAGAGUAGAUCUGGAGGUCAGUAAGGAGGUGUUGACGGCUCAGAAAGCUUGCUGGAAGAUUCCCCAAGAGCGUCAGAAAGUGAAGGGUCUACUGGUGAAGUAUCGACGCUCUUUGUCCAGUGCACAUACAGGAGCUGUGACCAGCUAAACCAACUGUGUAUAGUAGAGGCCAACGUUGUAGUUUUGUCCUGUAAAGCGAACAAUUUUUAAUUGAUGCAGAAUUGUAUGCAUGUAUAAUUUAAUAUACUUGGACCGUGUUUGUAGAGUAGACUCUAUAUGAUUGUGCACUUGUUGGUCUAAUGAGUUGAGUAAUGUGAAACGUUUCAUUAUCAGCUGUGCGAAUGGAAAUGUCAUCAUUCAGCACAUGAAGUUGCUUUGUUUCUCGAGUUAUUUUGGCUAUUGUAUCAUGAUGAACAUUUUAAUUUUGCUGCAUCCAGAAUCUACAAUAAUUUUUUAUGUAGUCUCGAA